AUGUUGAUUUUAAUUAAAACACCAACCAUUACAUUCUCAUUGGAUGUUCAACCUGAGGAUUUAACUGAAGUGUUAUUCAAUAAGGUCGCAGAGAGAACCGAGUACAAGAAAUUUCAAUUCGAGUUGUUGUUCGCAGGUUCUCCAUUGUCCAAAGGAACCAUCUCAGGAUGUGGUGUCAGAAAAGAAUCUACCGUUCACAUGAUGAUCAUCAAGGAAUUGAAGUUCACAGUUCGAUACAAAGAUAAUGAAUACCCUGUUUCCGUACCAAACAAUGAUGGUCUAUGUUUAAGUCAUUUAAAUACUGCAAUUAGAAAUCAAUUAAAAGAUUCAAUUGAAGAGAUUCAAAAUGGAAAUAUUUCUAUUCAUACACCUGGAAAUCCAACUAAACUGAGUGGAUCAUAUAGGUUGCAUGAGUAUUUCAGUAACUAUGGCGUUGUUGAGAUAUCUAUUGAGGCUAGACCAGUCUACAAGGCGCCAGAGCCAGUUUAUAAUUACUACUAUCCAUCUUCAGUUUCCAAAGCACCAGAUGCCGUUGAUUAUAGAGAUCACACUACUGCCAUUCCAUCUCCACCAGCAAAGGAAGAAGAACAAUUCGACCAAGAUGCACUGUUGAAUAGUUUUGUCGAAUCGUCCAUCUCAUCGGACGUAGAAAUCGUAUUCUGUUUUGACACUACCGGUUCAAUGGCAAGCAUCAUCAAGAAUGUAAAGUUACAAGUUGAAAGUACAGUCGCUAGAUUGAUGAGAGAUAUUCCAAACAUUAGAAUAGGUAUCAUGGGUAUGGGUGAUUAUUGUGAUGGUAAGCUAGUUUUAUCAACAUUGGAUUUAACUCAGAACACAGACGAGUUGAUUCGUUUCAUUAAAUCCGUGCAGGAUACAUCGGGUGGAGAUUCACCAGAGGCAUAUGAAUAUGCACUCUUUAGAGCAAAGGAGCUGAGUUGGUCUCACCAUACAUCAAAGGCAUUCGUUAUGAUUGGUGACAGUAAUCCACAUCCACCUUCAUUCACCGAUUUAAAUAUCAAUUGGUUCAAGGAGUGUGAUGACCUCUACGAGAAAGGUAUCAAAGUCUACGGUGUCAAGGCACUUGGUAACUCUGUGUUCUACGACGAGAUUGCAGAGCGUACCGGUGGUAUCUGUAUUAAUUUUAAGAAGUUCAACUUGAUCACCGAAAUGUUUUUGGCCAUCUGCUAUCGUGAGGCAUCGAAACAAAAGUUCAAGGAGUACGAACAGGAGCUAAACAAACAAACAACCGACUCGGAUCUCAAAGAAAUUCUUCAGGAUUUGAAUCAAGAGAAUUUCACAGUUGAAAGUACAUCGGAUGUACCAACCACCACUACACCAACCAGCCCAGAGACAACACCUGAGUCCACAACCACAACAACUACAACAACCACCACAACUACAACCAAUACAAAUACCCCAUAUGUAGAUGCAACUCCAACCAGCAAAAAGAUUAAGAAACAAUAUGGUAAACCAACAGAGAUAAAGAAUAGCGAACCAUGGUUUGUGAUUCACAAGGACUUUGGUAAACCACUCUAUUACUAUAACCCAGAGAUCGGUUACUUUGAGAAUCAGAGAAUGAUUUCCAUAAGAGAAGCGAAUGCAAAAACACCUAUCAAGAGUUGGCCACCUAAAUACGAAAUUUACAAAGAACCAAUUGCUCCAAAGAAAACAUAUGAAUCAAGUGAAUCUUAUUCAUCGUCAUCGAGUUCUGGUUCCAUUCCAAAACCACCUCCACCACCUCCAUCAACUGACACCACCCCAUAUGUACAUACAGUCAAGCCAAAUCCCGCCUCCUUUUUCAAUUUCGACCGUCAAGUUUCUUCAGGUAAACCUAAAUCACAGAUUGCCAUUAUCAUUGGUGAAAGAGGUAUUGGAAAGUCAACAUUCGGCAAUGGAAUAUCGUUCGUCUGUCGAAGCUACAAGAACACCAUGGUCUACAGAGAGCUUGAAUUUAUUUCACAAUAUGAUUUCACCAAUGCCAGUUGUUUCAUUGUCUGUGUUGACCUCACCAAUCCCGAGUACUUGGAAUCACUUCCCGCCUAUUUCUCAGAGAUCAGACGUAGAGAACUUUCGAAACCGAUAUUCGUUGCCGGUCUCAAGAGUGACGGUGUCAUCUCUCCAACCUGUGCAACCAAUUUCCUUGGCCUGAAAGCAGUUUAUUCCGUGACCGAUACCUUCCAAUUCUCACAAUAUAUGAAACAUGAAGAGAUCAAAGCUAUCGAUGAAAAUAUUCGUAAGAAAUUAAAGGGUGGAUCAGGUAAAAUCUACUGUAAUAUUAUGUAA